AUGGGAUCGCAGGUUCGCGGAACGUCACAGGGUGACUCUCCGGGCUCAAGAUCCGACUCCGAGUCAGACGAUCCUCCCCUCGUUUCCAUUAGCGACGAUGAAAACUCGCACGAUCUGCAAGAUGAUUUUGACGAGUCUUCUUCGGAUCAGGAAGAACCGAUGUCAUCUUCAUCGUCUUCUUCCUCCUCUUCAGACGGGUCAGAAUCAAAUAAUUUCAUCUUCGAAAUGUUCGAAGAUGAAGGUAGAACCCCAAGGAGGAUAGUGAGAAGGAAAGAGCAGAUUGUCGAUUGUUUGGAAUGCUUUGGGUCAAUCUUAGAUAAGAGGGAUGGCGUUGAUCUGAUAGCGAGAGAUUUAAGAAUUAUCGAAGAACAGAGAUCCAAAAUGUUAUCGAGAUUAUCAAACUUGAAUGGGAAUGGAUUUCGAACGAAGGGAAUGGGCAAGGGCAGAUCGAAAAUGAAAACGCGAAAUCAGAAGAAAGUAAAUCCAUUGAGUAAAAUGGAUACACCCUGGACGAAGUUGGUCGAUUUGAUAAGAAUGAUGAGAGUUGAUGGAAGUGCUGAGAAAGAUCCCAAGGAGGUUCGAUAUUGUCUGGGGGUUUUACAUAACUUGAUCCAACAGUAUAUAUUACCAUUGAUACAAGAUAGACACUACAUACAUACUCUUUCAGGAAUUGAAAGUCGUACUAUUCGUUCUUUAAGAUCUGGAAAUAUCAACUUACCAGAAAGUCAUCAAUUGAUAUCAUCAGAUCCAUCACAUCUUCAUCUCAUAUCUCAAACGCCCUUGUUCUUCCUCUUACGUCUUAUUAGAUAUGCUCUUAAUCCCGAUCAUAUCAUACCGAAUAUACUGGAUUUAUCGAAUUUACCAUAUGAUAAUGUGAACCCGUUCUUAUACGAAGUCAAUUUUGAGGGUUUAUUUCAACUCAUUGGAUCGAGUACAGAAGGAGUGAAAUAUUUGGAUCUGUCGAGGAAUAGGAUGGAUAAUGAGGGAUUGUCGGAUACAUCGCAGAGUAAUUUCCCAGAAGUUCGAUCAUCGUUGUCAUUACCAUUACCAUUUCCUAACGUAGAAGUUAUCAACCUCAAAAAUACUCGCAACUUGACGAAUCUGCCUCUUAGUAUGGUCCGAUUACCUAAACUGCGACGGAUAAUUGCCAAUCGACAUUCCCCUCUUUGGUGGUCUUGCGAAGAUACUGCAAAAUUCCUUCGGCAUGAUGCACAAGCGCAGGAGCCGCUCGAGAUGAAAGUGAAACUGAAGAACAAUCAGGGGAAUACAGAUGGCGGAAAGAUAAGGGAGGGUGUAUCAAGUCUGGUUGAGCAUUGUAUCUUAUCGCUCCUUCCACUGCGAUAUUCUACUCACGAUCGCGAAGAGUUCGUCAACUUCGAGAAGACGGUGGAAGAGAUGAUUCCUGAGAGGUAUUUAGGAAUGUACCAGAAGUCGUAUAGAUGCGAUAGAUGCUACAAGUUCAAAAUCAUACAUAACAACGACGGGAAAUCAGGCAAUGGAACGUCGGUAGCUGAGGAAUUUGGCUGGAUGAUGAAUGAUCCUCAUUUACCUUAUACUGCAGGAGACAGGAAUAGAGUAACGCUUAAACCAGUCAGAGUGGUGGGUAGGUGUUGUGGGAUCUGUAAGAUACGAGUGGCUAGGUUAGGCCAAGUAUACAGAGUGAAUGGGAUCUCAUGA